GAUGCUCCCAGUGUGACCCUGCAGAAUCAGACGGUCAGCCCAAUGGCAGCUCUGGUCCGGGUGGUGAUGGCCUCUGUCCUGGCUCAUUUCAUCCAGCUUCCUGGGGCAAGAUGUGAGAACUGUGCCAACACUGGACAUUGCCUGACCACAGACUGGGUGCAUCUCUGGUAUAUAUGGUUGCUGGUGGUAAUUGGCGCCCUGCUCCUCCUGUGUGGACUGACUUCAGUGUGCUUCCGGUGCUGUCUGAGUCAUCCAGAAAAUGGGGAAGAUGGGGGCCCCCCACCCUACGAAGUGACCGUCAUUGCUUUUGAUCAUGACAGCACUCUCCAGAGCACCAUCACAUCACUGCAGUCUGUGUUUGGCCCCGCGGCUCGGAGAAUCCUGGCAGUGGCUCAUGGACACAGCUCCCUGGGCCAGCUGCCCUCCUCCCUGGACACACUCCCAGGCUAUGAGGAAGCUCUUGGCAUGACCCGCUUCACAGUGGCAAGGUGUGGGCAGAAAGCCCCUGACCUACCUUCAGUGCCAGAGGAAAAGCGCCUGCCUCCCACAGAGAAAGAGUCUCCUCGAAAAGAAUGCCCCUGUCACUGAUGGGAGCUUUGAUCAUAUCCCUAAGUGAGGCAUCCUCAGAGUCUGAGGAAUCAUCAGAUGAAUGGAACUUUAUUUUGCAACACCCAGAAGGUUUUGGAUUCCAUCUAAACAUCACUCUGCUUAGAUGUGUUACCACCCUUCACCCAGAGCAAUAUCCUUUUUCUCAUAUACUAUGUUCUUAUUGGAAUUCUAAUUCUUUAUCCAGUGGCCAAAGUUUGUAACUCGCCUCUACCAUAUUGAUUACUACC